GGCUGUGGCGGCUGCUCGGCCAGUACUCCCGGUCCCCGCCAUUUCGGACUGGGAGCGAGCAGCGCGGCGCAAGUACUGAAGGCGGCGGCGGGGGGCAGAGGCUCGGCUGCUCCCAGGUGCGGGAGAGAGGCCUGCUGAAAAUGACUGAAUAUAAACUUGUGGUAGUUGGAGCUGGUGGCGUAGGCAAGAGUGCCUUGACGAUACAGCUAAUUCAGAAUCACUUUGUGGAUGAAUAUGAUCCUACGAUAGAGGAUUCCUACAGGAAACAAGUAGUAAUUGAUGGAGAAACCUGUCUCUUGGAUAUUCUCGACACUGCAGGUCAAGAGGAGUACAGUGCAAUGAGGGACCAGUACAUGAGGACUGGGGAGGGCUUUCUUUGUGUAUUUGCCAUAAAUAAUACUAAAUCAUUUGAAGAUAUUCACCAUUAUAGGGAACAAAUAAAAAGAGUUAAAGAUUCUGAAGAUGUACCCAUGGUCCUAGUAGGAAAUAAAUGUGAUUUACCUUCUAGAACAGUAGACACGAAACAGGCUCAGGACUUAGCAAGAAGUUACGGAAUUCCUUUCAUUGAAACAUCAGCAAAGACGAGACAGAGAGUGGAGGAUGCUUUUUAUACAUUGGUGAGAGAGAUCCGACAAUACAGAUUGAAAAAAAUCAGCAAAGAAGAAAAGACUCCUGGCUGUGUGAAAAUUAAAAAAUGCAUUGUAAUGGGUGUUGACGAUGCUUUCUAUACAUUAGUUCGAGAAAUUCGAAAACACAAAGAAAAGAUGAGCAAAGAUGGUAAAAAGAAGAAAAAGAAGUCAAAGACAAAGUGUAUAAUUAUGUAAAUACAAUUUGUACUGUUUUCUUAAGGCAUACUUAAGUAAAAGUGGUAAUUUUUGUAUAUUACACUAAAUUAUUAGCAUUUGUUUUAGCAUUACCUAAUUUUUUUCCUGCUCCAUGCAAACUGUUAGCUUUUAUCUUGAAUGCUUAUUUUGAAAUGACAGUGGAAACUUUUUUUCCUCUAAGUGCCAGUAUUCCCUGAGUUUUGGUUUUUAACUAGCAAUGUCUGUGAAAAGAAACUGAAUACCUGAGAUUUGUCUUGGGGUUUUGGUGCAUGCAGUUGACUAUUUCCUAUUUUUCUUACCAAUCGUGAACUUUGGUGUGAAACAAAUUAAUGAAAUUUUCAAAUCAUCCUUAUUCUGUGUUUUAUCUAGGCACCUAAAUGGAUUUAUUCCUAAUUGUAACUUCAGUUGAGACUUCAUAAUUGGUUUUAUCUAAACAUUGAGGGAACACAAACUUAUGAACUUCCUAUAGAUUCAUCUUCUAGACAUCAUGUCCUAGAGUUGCAGAUCAACCUUAAUGAAUGUAGUUACACUGUUCAAAAGGUUUCCUCCCCUCUUUCCACUGCUAUUUGUCAUGGUCAUUCCCCCAAGAAUAUAUUUUUUCUAUAAAAAAAGGGAAAAAAAAAAAAAAAAAAGGGAAAAAAAAUGCAAGGCAAUGGAAAAUAUUAAAAGAUCACUUACUUUCCUCAUUAGAUAAAUUCCUAUAAGACUCCUAAUAGAUUUUCUUGUUAAGGCAGACCCAGUGUAUAAUGAGAAGCAUAGCAACCAUCUUGGGGCUAUAUUUACAUGCUAUUAAAUUUUUGUAAUAACUAAAAAAAAUUUAACAUGUAUAAAAAAUACUCAUAGGAAUUAAUUAUAGUCUCCCUGUGUUAGACUGGUUUUUCUUAGCAUGACUUGAAAUCUUUUUUGAACUUCAGUCUUUGAAAAUAUUCAGUUCUGGUAAUGAUGUUAAAGAUUACUUGGGCCAUUUAGCUUACUAGAUGUUAGAGAGGCCAAGGUUGCAAGUCCAGGCUCCUGUGUUUACCUUUCUUUGGUCUUCACUGCAAGUUUCACAGCUCUUAGACUGCAUCUCUUUGGUCAUCCAGUGUUGUGCAGUGGUUGGUUCAAAAUGGGGACUAGGAGAGAGCUGGAUGGUUCAGCAGGAUACUUCUCACUAUGUGGUAGUCCUGUUGACAGAUCUGGAGCAUCACUUUUGUUUCAUUAAGGAACAGAACUUUUUUUUUUUAAUUAUUAUUAAAUGUUAACUUAAGAGUUGAGUUGGGGGGAAUGGCAAGACUAUUUUUAAACAAGAUGUGAAAGAGUUUCCAAAUCCCUAAUUUUGGCCAGUUCUCUUAACAAUGGCUAAAGUAACAUUUCAUAAACAUUUUACAAGUCUGGUCCAUGUUUAGGAAUAUCUAAUGAAUAAAAAAUAGAAAAAUUAAUAAAAUGAUUCCUUCAAUACAUUUAAAAUGUUACUUAAUUGAAAAUCUUUGAAGUGGAUAGUGUGAAGUAAAAAUAUCUCUGGAGUAGGAAGGAGGAGACUUAGAGUCUAGUUAUGUAUGUUUUAUCUCUCUGAUUUUGGGCCACUUAUACUAUCCAUUUCUUCAUAUUAAAAUAAGUCAUCUCAAAAGCUCUAUUUAGCUUUAAAACUAUGUGAUUUACAUUCAGUUUACUUAAGGAUCCACCUAUAUGUCAAGCUUAGCACAACCUGUAAUUUUUUUUUAUCUUCAGUGCCAGUCUUAGGCAAAAUUGUGCAAGAGGUAAAGUUUAUUUUUGAAUAUUCCUUCUCCAGUUUCAGGAUCCCCCUUGCCAUAUUAUAUCAUCUUACUUGCCCUAGCCUUCCAGAUGCUGCACAACUUGAUGCUUUUUCUUCUAACAUUUGUAAUUCCCUUAACCUGAGGAUUUAUUGCUACAGUGUUAUAUCCCCUUGAAGUCUUCCCAUCAAAUCACAUCAAAACGCCCCACAUCUUAUUUCCUCGGGGCUCAAAAUAAUCUAACAGAUACCAUAAUGGGAUUUUACUAAUAGCCAGUUUUCAGGUGGUUGGAGUAGCAGUUUAAUCUUCAUCCUUUCACCAUCAUCUUUUAGGGGCCUGAUCCAGUAGUGACUAAGAUGGGAAUUUUCAAACCUGUUAUAAGUAAACAGAACCUUAUCCAAUGGAAGGAGAAUUUUAUAAAGUUAAUCCUGAAAGAAUUCCUUAAAUAAUCUACAACUAGGACGAGCCCUAGUAACAGUGACACAUUCCAUUGUUUAAUAAUUAAAAUCUUUUUACAAUGAAAAAUACUUUAAAAUUUAAUUUAUAAAGCUUAUUUUUUAUCAGAAUUCAUUUAUUCAACAAAUAUUUUGAGUGCCUACUAGAUGCCAGGCACUAUGCAAGGCACUGAGGAUGUAGUAUACCCAAAUAAGGAACAAUCCCUGUUCUUAAAUAGUGCUUAUAUUCUAUAGUCAUCUAUAAUAUCUUAGUGAGGCAUUUGGCACAGUGUUAACACCAGUGCAUACUUCAGUUUUGCAAAGAAAGGGUUCGUCUCUAAAGUUUCUUCCAGUUCUAAAAUGAUUGUUUUGGUAUGAUUCAAAUGACAACUGUUUAAUCAAGCUACUUUAUACAAAUCACUUUACUUGUUUUAAAACAAAUCAUUGUUUUAAAGGAGUAAAUGUGAUUAUAUUGUUUUCUUUAUUUGGCAUAACUGUGACUAUCGGGGCAGUUACAGUAUCUAUUAAAUUUCAUGUCAGUUAAUAUUAAAAUUCCCAAUAUGUAAUAUUCCAAUUUGUCUCUUUGUUAAUUAAAAUAGACUUUAAAAAAAUUAAAUAUUGAAUUCUAAAAUAGCUGUAUUUCGGUACAAAUAAACAGGUGCCUGAAAUAAAUUCACAGAAAAGGAAAUUUCUGUUCUGUUUAAAAAUCAGUAUGAUUUCUGAAAUGCUGUGCUAAACUACAGAUUUAUGGAACAUUGUCUAAGUAAGGUAUUAUUAAGAUUUAUGCAGUACUUGCUCUUUCUUGUUUCUACAUAAGAGAAAGAAAUGGCCACAGUUCAAGAGUUGCAGUGUGUAACUGAGGGGAUUUUUAGGACUCUUGAAUUUUUGAUGUAGCUGGGUAAUUUUUUUCAUAAGGCAGUGGUAAUUAUCCUUUAUUUUGUGAAUGUUGAAUGGUUUGACAAAAUGUUUGUUUUUGUAGAGAUUUUAAAAAGGGAGUUAAUCCUAGAAAUAAGAUAAAUGUUAUAUAAUUAUUACAGCCUUAAAGAUAAAAAUACUUAUUGAAGUUGAAAAAAUUGCUAAAAUACAUAGUCUCAGACAUUAAUAUGAUUGCAGAAGAAUGUAGCAGACGUAUGUAGUAUACUUUGAAUGAAUAUUCCCAAUUAGGAAUUCUAGGUUCUAUUUUAACUGAGUCACACUGCAUAGGAAUUUAGAACUUAACUUUAAUAGUUUAUCAAAACCUUUGCCACCAUUGCACAAUUUUGUCCUAAAAGAUACAGAAAGUUUGUGAGGCAUGUUAAGUUGCAGUUUGCACAAGUUCAUCUCAUUUGUAUUGCAGUGAUUUUUUUCUUGUAUCCAUUUUUCCAAACAAUAUAUACACAUUCAACUUUUUUGUUGGCAAUAAAAACUAUCUGAAGUCAUUUCCAUUUGUUAAAAAGCAAUCUCUUGAUAAUUAUAAAAGAUUUUUUAACUUCUGUGUUAAUAUUGGGUAGCAUGGAUUCUGCAUUGAGAAAUUGAAUUGCAUACAGAUGAUAGCUGUAAAUUCAGUCAGAAUAUGAAAAUUAUUUUUUAAUUAGAGGAAUAGUAGGUUUACAGAAAAAUCAUGCAGAAAAUACGGAAUUCCUGUUUACCUCCCCCGUUAUUAACAGUUUGCAUUAGUGUUGGUACCUUUGUUACAAUUGUUGAAUGAAAAUUAUUGUUUUCUAAAGUUAUGUUCACAUCAGUUCUUAAAGAAGAAUCAUAACUACAUUAAGAUAUGUGUUUUAGUUUAAUAGUUUUAAGUGCCUGUUUGGGAUGUUAAUAGGCAACUUAGGUAAGUUCAGGGAAAAAAUUGUUAUUAUCUGCAGAAAUGUCAAUUACAGAGGGUUCCUACCAUCCCUUUCUCCCCUCAAGAACUAAAUGGGUUACAUAAUGUUUUUUCCAAAAGUUUCUAAUUCCACUGUCUUGUGUUUUCAUGUUGAAAAUACUUUUGCUUUUUUCCUUUGAGUGCCAAUUUCUUACUAGUACCAUUUCUUAAUGUAACAUGUUUACCUGGAAUGUAUUUUAACUAUUUUUGUAUAGUGUAAACGGAAACAUGCACAUUUUGUACAUUGUGCUUUUUUUUCUUUUGUGGGACAUAUGCAGUGUGAUCCGGUUGUUCUCUAUCAUUUGGUUGUGCUGACCUAGGAAUGUUGGUCAUAUCAAACAUUAAAUUUAAAAUUGACCACUCUUUAAUUAAAAUUAACUUUUAAAUGUUUAUAGGAGUAUGUGCUGUGAAGUGAUCUGAAAUUUGUAAUAUUUUUGUCAUGAACUGUACUGCUCCUAAUUGUAAUGUAAUAAAACUAGUUAUGGUGACUAUGAUAGUGUGUAUUUCUUGAUGGAAAUUUGAAACAUUUGCCUUGCUAUUGUAAUGGAAUACUUUAUAAGCCAUGCAAACUGUAGUACACUUGUGAAUUUUUUUUUUUUUCAUAUUUUAAGUUAGAAAAAUUCUUGAUUUAUGAGAGGUGUUGUGAACCUAAACGGCUUUAAGCAUUUACUUAAACUUAAAACUCUAUUAGGUUUUAGGUCCAUAGCUAUGUUAACUCAUUUAGAAGAUGCAAAACAAAUCUGUCUUUAUGACAAGAGAACAGAAUAACAUUAUUACUUUUUAUCAAAGAAGUUAACUGAUACAUAACAGGUGAUUUGUUUUAAGGGUUAAAAGGAGCCAGCAGCGAAAUUAAUAACGGAAUCAACUGAAUAGGUAUGUAUCUAAUGCCAGUCACUGGCAGGCUAUUUCAAAGUCAGAAGUCAGUCUUACUCGAUACAUUUUAUUAUUUCUAUGAUUGCAUUUAAAUCAUUACCAGGUGUAUUUGUUUUGCAGUGAAACUUGAAUAUAUGCUAUUAAUGUACCAAAUUAGGUCAAAAAUAAGUUACUCCUUUAAAAGUUAAAGGAAAUAAAUGUUUAAGAAAUUAUUUUGCUUAGUUAAAUAUACAUUAGAUGACAGUGUUCUUGUCAGUAAAAUGGAGACAUGGGCUAAAAAUAAUUGGCUAAAACCUAAUAAAGUUGAAAAAUAUUCUUAUAUUUUCAUUCCAAAAUUGGGUAUUCAUUAAUAAAGUUGUAAUUGGUAGUUGGUAACAUCAUAUAGCUAAAUUACUAUUGUAGUAUUAAAACUGAGGAUAGAGUGUUGCUGAUAAAGUUAAUGAAUAAAAUUAACUUCAGUUCAGUAAGGCAGCUCAAGUAUUUUUUUAGACAUGUAUAUCUUGCCCAUUUUGAGUCAGAAUUAUUUAAAAAUAUCUGGCAUUGAUAAACAGCUGGCACUGAUUUUCAGCCAAAUUAUAGUAAUAAUCAGUUAGUUUUGUUGACAUCUGAACAAUAGCGUUGUUUCAUAGCUCUGUAUUUUCUAAGAAAAUAUAAGGCUUCUAGCUCUUUCAUUACAAAUUCACCCCGUCCAAUAAGUUCUUUGAUCUUCUCUGGGUCUUUCACAUCUUUGUUUUUAAGGAAAACAUUCUUCAGACGCCUUUUAAAGUAAUCUGCUCCUUUUGGAUAGUCUCUUCCAAGAUACAGCAGCUUAAAAAGAAAGAUUAUAUAUUUCUAAACAAUCAUGUCAUACAAUAACAUAUUUGUAAAAUUGGCAACAUAAUUACUUACAUUUUUAUAAAGAUUCAGUACUUCUCCUCUUAAAGAAUUGGCCAUUUUCAUUUAUCAUGGAAAGUGUCCACUUUUAUACAUAGCAUACCUGAUGGAAAGGAAAAAUGUUUGCAAAUGACUGCAUUGUAGCCUUAAGAAAAGAAUCAAAGAAAAGGACUGUACAAAUUGGGAAAAUGGUUAACUUUUUUGCAUUCAAUAAAUAUGAGUACUUAUUUUCUAGGCACUGGGAUAUGGCUAUGAAUAUGUCAGAUUAAGAUACCUAGGUGAUACUAACAUUUCCUAGGGAAGACGUAAUUAGCAUACAAGAUAAUUACGAAUUGUGUGAUAAGUCAUGAAUGAAAUAAGGUAAUGAACGGAAAAAAUGGAUCGUCAGAGAUAGAUGUAUAGGUGUACCUCACUUUAUGCCACAGGGAAUGAAUUAGAGCUAGAUAUCAAUCCCAGCUGCAUAAUGUUGUACAGGUUAUGUAACCUUUCUGAGCCUGAUUUCCUUAUCAUUGAAAGGAAGAUUUUGUUUACCCUGCUGUCUCUAGGCAAGGAGGACAGUGGAUCAUCAAAAAGAGUACUAUCUUAAGAGAGGGUGAAGACUAGGAAAACCUAGCUGUGUGAGUCAAGCAGGUUGGCAAUUAAUAGUAGAUUGGGAAGUAAGAUUGCUGGUUAAGAGGCUAAGGGAAUAAUACAUAAGGGGGUGCAUGGGGAGCAGGCAACAUCCAGCUGGAAUGAUCAUGCUUUAUGUAAUUUGUUACAUGCUGCUAGGGAGAGGAGGCUACUUAAAAGGCACCAUGAUGGCCUAAACAUAGAAAAUAAUGCCCACUACUUACUAUGGUUGUGGGGAUUAAAUCAUAAAGUUCCUAACACCAUAAGCUUUAGUUUACACUAGGCACAAAGUAAAUAUUAAUGUUAAUUUAUAAUCUCCCUUAAAAUUCUACAAUUCCCAUUUUUACCAAUGAGCUAAUUUGAGAAAGCAAUUUAUACAUGUUUAUAUCCCUUGGUAACACAAUUUAUUUUGAAAUAAUUUUUGUCUUGCAGAAAA